CUCAUUCAGUAGAGUCGACGAAUAAGCCAAGGCGAACUUGGAACGAUCACGCAUGGUAUUUAUUCGCGUCGACCGGCUGAUCCAUUACGAAACUCUCGUACUCGAACGCGUUUUAUUUGUUGACGAACUGCUGGCGAAAAGGCCGUCCGCCUGAUAACGGACCGGAUUAUCUGGAGCAUAUCGUACGCGGUUAUAUCGCGUGUGCAACGUCAUUCGAGAGCGAGCCAGCAUCAGGAAGAGAUAUAUGCAAGUUGCGGAAAUAGACGAGUCUCGCGAUAGCGCCGUUACUUAUCGUUAGUGCGGGAAAAGGGAAUCGAGGCGAAGCGAACUGUUAUACGUCGUCGAGGAUUCGCGAGCCGACUUAUAACGAUACUUAAUACGUAAAGCCGGCAAUCAGUAUGUAGAUUUAAUCAUCGUGCGAGUGCUCGUGCGCGUCAAAUCCAUAGAAAACGAGGAGCUUUGGAAGCCAAUUGAGCCGACGUCUCUUAAAGUGGAUUAUAGUGAUAAUACCCAUACAUUCCAGCUUGGUCAGAUUUGAAAAGAUUUGUAUGUGAAAAAAAAUUUAAAGUCAAAUUUCUUAUCUUUGUCGAGAGAUUUUUUUGCGUAACUGUCUUACAAAACGCAUUUAAAUAGUGAUACUACACAUAUAUUAUUUUUAAUACGCCAUUCUACCAGUAUGUAAAUUAGAUCAUUGCCGAGAUAUACGCACACAUCAAAACUUUUUUCGCGUCAACAAUUUUAAUCAAAGUUCAAAGUCUAUUUACUCGAACUAUACAUUAAAAGGCGUAUAGAUAUGAUGACAGAUACUGAAGGUGAUAUCACCUCCGAUUUGAUCAAUUAUUCAAAAGACUGUAUUACUACUGGAAAUACACGAAGGUUGUGACUGAAAGCGCGAAAGUUCUCUCUCCGCCUUGACUUAAUUAUAAUUGAUCGACAGACACAGACUUCAUAGACAUAAGCAAUCUUAAUUGCUUUGUUGAAUUCUUAGUCAUCGUGACGAGAAUCAAUUGGCGCUUAUCCCUCCUUCGCAUCGUUCGUGCUUGCGUAAACUUCGUUACGACACACGAGACGGAGUGACGACAAGGAUCACGUCUCGUGUUUCGGACAGAUGCUUCCCGAAGUAGCGAGAGACUGACAGACGAGAGGAGUCGAAGUUUCUGCGAAAAAGUGCUGGCGUGAAAUACGAUUCGUAGACUGGAGUUCAACGUCCUCCAGGGAGAUGAAUGAGUCGGUCCGCGAGUAAAGUCGCAACGCCACGUGACUCCCAUUUUCGAUCAAGAGACCGGAACGUCAGAGAGGAAGUUUUGGAGCAGAUCGAAGUAGGUGCAUAACUUGGAGCACAUUUGCGUGCGCAUGUCACGUGGUACACGUUAUUCCACUCUUUAGAAAAUGCUUAUGCAUUCCAAGAGUGAAGGAAAUUAAAGGAACAAGAGUUUCUUCGAUUGCAUAAUAGAGUAUGGACGCUACUAUCACACAAAACAUGAUCAAAACUUGUUAAUGAUAAAUGUAGUGAUAGAAUCGUCCCAUUUCCCAUUGAUCCGAGAUACUGCGGAUUAUAGUGCAAAGACAUUUGAGAAUUUCGUAGCAGCUACCUCGAUUCAAUUAAAUGAAAAUGGCUUUCGAGUCAAGAUUGUCGCGCUUAAGCGAGGAAGUGCAUCCGAUGCUAAACAAUUCGUUGAGUGACAUACAACGAGUGACAUAUAAUACAGCGGAUACCGAGAAUAAUAACAAUAAUAACAAUAUCAAGAAUGGAAAGAGCCCUUUGCACAAAGAAGAAUCGGCUGUGCAAUAUUCAUCGAAUGCGAAAGGAGUGCUCGCACAGUGUUUAGUAACGGGUGCAGUAUUAUUGUUGGCGACGGGUGGCGGUAUGCCGAUUGGUUACAGCGCUGUAUUGUUGCCGCAAUUGUCAGAGAGUAACAGCACCUUGAAUGUGGACCGCGAUGUUGGUUCCUGGAUAGCCUCGGUUCACAGUCUAGCCACUCCUAUCGGCUCGUUGCUAUCGGGACCGUUGUUGGAUGCGAUCGGCCGACGAGGUAGUCUGCAAUUGUCGGCAAUUCCUCUGUGCGUAGGCUGGCUGAUCAUCGCUUUCUCGAGAAGCGUAAUCACUAUUUUAAUAGGAAGAGUCGUUUGCGGUCUAUCUGUAGGUCUGAUGGCAGUGCCCGCACAGGUUCUGGUAGGAGAAAUGGCGUAUCCCAGCUUACGUGGCUUUCUACUAAUUAGCUCGUUCGCCUCGUACUGUCUCGGUAUUCUGUUGGUUUACGCUUUAGGCGCAUCUUUUGAUUGGGAUAUUGUGGCCUUUUGCGGCAUCGUGCCUCCUAUUACGGCUUUUAUCGCUCUCUGUUUGGUGCCUGAAAGUCCGGCCUGGCUUGUUAGACGGAAUAGGAAUGAAGAAGCCAAGAAGGCCCUUUUAUGGCUCAGAGGUGGCGACAUAGAUCAGAUGAAUGCUGAAAUAGCUCUCUUGAAUGCGGGAAUGAGAACCAAUCUGACUGAGCCAGCUGUAAAUAUCUCGCUGAAGGAAAGGAUCUCCACGGCGAUGUCCACUAUACGAGAUCCGGGUGUGCUGAAACCAUUGAUUAUCAUCAAUAUAUUCAAUAUUCUUCAAUUGAGCAGCGGAACGUACAUUAUCGUCUUCUACGCUGUCGAUAUGAUGAAGGAUAUUGGCGGCGGCGACGUCGAUAAUUAUUUGGCGGCCGUGGUGACGGCGAUCAUCAGAUUUAUCUUCUCCAUUGUAUCUUGCAUUGUUCUACUUAAAAUGGGCAGGCGAUCCUUAGGUAUCAUUUCGGCGCUCGGCACGUCCUUGGCCUCGUUGACUCUCGCGGGAUACAUGAUCGCUCGGAAGGAGGGAUCUUCCGUAGAUGCCUAUGUAUUAGCUGUAUGUUUGUUAUUUUACGUCGGUGCAAAUACCGUGGGUUUGCUGACGCUUCCUGGACUAAUGAUCGGCGAAUUGAUGCCCUUAAGGGCUCGAGGUAUCGGUGGCGGAUGCAUCUUCUUCGUCUUCAAUCUACUUUUGUUCUUCAUCACCAAGUGUUUCCCAUGGGUAAACGCUGCAGUUGGCGUAACAGGAGUAUUCGCUAUCUUCGGCGUCUCCGCUCUUUUGGAAGCUAUCUUUAUUUAUCUCGCCCUACCAGAAACAAAGAAUUGUUCGCUUCAGGAAAUUGAAGAUUACUUCCAACAAAGUAAUCUCCUAUGGAUAACUAGAACAGGAAGAACGAGAAGAAAUAUAUUUGUGCCUGCAAACGGUAAUUCCGCCUGAGUGUUUACCUCUACUUGAUGUGUAAAUAAGAACAAAAUAAAUUUAAUUUAUACACGACUGCGAUAUUAUUAGACAAUAAUUGUAUAUUUUUAUAUUGUUAGUAUUUUAAGAUAUCUUCUUUGUAAAUAUAUCGUGUCGCUCUAAAAUUAUGUGAUUGUGUAAAUAGAAACUACGAGUAAUAAUUAUACCAUAUGUAC